AUGAGCGGGAAAGGGCAGGCCAAGCAGACCAAGCAGCGAAGCAUCAGCGCGUUCUUCAAAACAUCAUCUGGAAAUAUUCCUGGGCCCUCCAGUCAACCUGCUGAUGAGGCUCCAAGGCAGGGGCCUGGCCAUGAUGAUGUCCCAGGACGGCCCCCAGCGAAAAGGCGCCGCGUUAGCGAUUUAAAUGCCAGCAAGCCAAUUGCCGGUCGUGAUGCAGCCGGCAGCGCUGCUCUUUCCAAGAAGCGUAGCGGGGCUGCACGGUCUCGUCCGCAAGCCGAGACCUCGGAGAUGAUGGAUGUCGACCGUGCUGGCGCAGAGCCUGUAAUCGACUUGCUCGAGGCCUCAACGUCUUCUGAUCACGAUAACGGUCAGCAGCUGGGCGAUGGCACUCCCACACCCCUGCUGGCUGCCCUGGACAACGCCGGACAGGGCGCUUCCACCGGCGGCAGCGGCAGCGGGCUACGGAGGCUCCUGGCUGCGCGGCGACAACGCUCCUCGUGCGCUGCCGGCACUCCGGCCGUAACCCCGCGCACUGGGGAGAAAAGUGGAGGCGCAGGAGGGGCAGCGGCAGCGGCGCGUAGCGACGGAAACGAGGCAGCAGCAUUCCAGCCGAAGACGAUGACACCGCAGCAGCGGGAGCUUGUACGACACAAACUUGCACAGGAGUACGGCCGCCGGGUGGGGUUGGAGUCUGGGGCUGCCGCUGCCGCUUUGGGUGGCGGCGGCGGCGGUGGCGGCGGUGGCGGCGCUAAGCUAACCCCCCUGGAGCAGCAGGUUGUGGAGCUCAGGGCCCAGAACCCGGGCACAUUGCUCAUCGUGGAGGUCGGCUACAAAAUGAGGUUCUUCGGAGAGGAUGCGGAGGUCGCCGCAAGGGUUUGCAAUCUUCGGUGCUUUGGAAUGUACGGCUGUUUAUUCGACUUUUUCACCGUGCGUUGGUCCCACAUGGAUCACAACUUCCUGACCGCCUCCUUCCCCGUCUACCGCCUGCCUGUGUACGUGAGGAGGCUGUGCAGGGCGGGGUACAGGGUGGGGGUGGUACGGCAGACGGAGACUGCCGCCAUCAAGGCCGCCGGGGCGAACAAGUCGGCUCCCUUCGAGCGGCGCCUGACCGCACUGUACACUGCGGCGACGCUGGAGGCGGCCCGGCGAGCUGAUAAGAUUGGUAAGAGAGAGGGGGGGAGGGAGUUCCUCGUUCACGUCGGGGGCGAUAUCGUGUACGGCAUCUGCGGCGGUGGCGGUGAUGAUGAAGCCGCGGCCGGACGCCACCGCCAGCAGGAGCGGCAGCAGGAACGGCAGCAGCAGCGGUCAGCAGCGGCGGCGGCGGCGGCGGCGGCCUCGACGGACGACGAGCUCGAGGCUCUGUUGCUGGCGGCGGCACCCGUGGAGGUGGUGACGGUGGGCGCCGGCCUGCGACCCGCUACCAAACGGAUGCUGAUGAAUUACGUCUCAUCCACGCCCGCGUGUCGAUUGGAGCACCUGCAGCCCCCCUCGAUGGCGUCGCAGCCAGUGCUGACGACGACGACGACGACGACGACGACGCUGCGCAGCAGCCACAAAUAA